UUGUCGCUCGCUUUUCCUUCCCUGUUAAGCGGUUUCUUGCAGCGCAAGCAGUUUUCUGCGUUCAGUUAAUAUUGAAUUGUCAGUGCGAGUAGUUUCGGUGCGUUUUGUACGUAAGCAGUCGUCUGCGGUCGGUUACUAAUAUCUAAGGCUUGAACCUGAAUCAGUUUUAUUGAUUUAACUUGUUUGUCGGGUUUGCUCUUAGUGUAUAAUUAAAAUUUUAUUAAUUCCGAUAUCGCUUUUCGAUUAAUUGAAUUUUAAUUAAUUUAUGCGAUUUGUUUACAUGCAAAAACAUUGCUUUUGUAUAAUUGAAUUGUGUUCGUGAGCGUUUUUUAAAGAAAUUAUGGAAAUUUGUGAGUGCUAAAAAAUACCGUCGCGUGUUUUACCGACAUUUUAAGUCAGUUUGUGGUUUAAUAAUGGUUUUAGACCAACAGCAGCAGCAGCAGCAGCAACAUUAUCAAACACAACAUAACCUAAGUUCAACAUUAAGUACAGGAAGCAGCAGCAGCAGCGGAGCUGGUGGCAAUAGCGAAAGCGAAGGUGUCACUGCUUCAGGCAACAUUCAGAAUAUGCCGUCGGAAAGCUUACAUCCAACCGCUGCCCUGCAAUUAUAUGCUGCAGCUGCUAGUGGCGUUUGCGUUCCUCCAUGGGGCCAAUUUCUACAGUUCGGCGUGCCUGGCGUUUUCAGUGGCAGCCCAUUUUUAGGAAGACCUAGGUUCGAUGGGGCAUCUCAAAGUGCCGUCGCGGCCUCACAAAUGGCUGCUGUUAACGCUAGCAAUGCUUUUGCCAAACUAACAGGUCUGAGUGUAGCUAUGCGCAACGUUUCGGCUGUCCAAACAACUGCAGCAGCGGCGGUAGCAACUGUUGCCAUUCAGCAUCGUUUAAUGAUUGGCAACCGACAAAAUCUACCCACUGGACCGCCAAGCGAAGGAUCUAACGAAGACGGUGGGUUUCCCGGUGAUGGUGACGAAGAUAGCAGUGCAGCUAAACGCAGAAGAUCUAGAACAAAUUUUAAUUCCUGGCAAUUAGAAGAGCUAGAAAGAGCCUUCUCUGCCAGUCAUUAUCCUGAUAUAUUUAUGCGAGAGGCAUUAGCUAUGAGGCUGGAUUUAAAAGAAAGCAGAGUUGCGGUAUGGUUCCAGAAUCGGCGAGCUAAAGUGAGAAAACGCGAGCACACUAAAAAGGGACCUGGAAGACCUGCUCAUAAUGCACAGCCCCAAACUUGUUCUGGAGAGCCAAUCCCGCCAAAUGAAUUAAAAGCAAAAGAAAGAGCUCGGAGAAGAAAGAAGCUGGCAAAAGCAAUAGACAGGCAAGCACGUAAACUGCAAGCUAAAGGUAUUACCGUGGACAUAGAAGCAUUAAAAGCUGAAUAUAUAUCACAACAUAAAGCGAAUGGAACUUUUUCCGACUCAGAUCUAGAAGAUGAUGGCAUACAAAUUGAUGUAGUUGGUGGUACUGACAGUGACGAUGAUGCUGAAGAUGCCGCUUAUCGGAGUCCUAGAAGUAGUGACAUCGCAGGCAAUAGCUUCUCUCCAGUUGGUAGUCCAAACGGUGUUGGGAGUCCUGUUUCAAACAGUGAUUUACGCGCAUCCGACGACGAUAAUGGCACUACUAUUGACAGUUGUAGUAAGCACUUCACAUUCUCCACGAGAUCAAGAUUGUCUGACUUUCACCUCAAACUACAAAAUUCAUCGCAUCAAUCCCUUCAUCAAACUUCACCAAUUAGUAUUCGUAGAAACAAUCCAUUUAGUAUAGAAUCAUUACUGUCGAACAACACAUGAGAGUUAUAACAUACAAAAUGAUGAGACUUGUUUUUUAAUUAAUGAAAUUAAUUAACUGCAUACACAAUAAAUAGCAAAGAGAAGCGGUCAUUGUUGGCUUAGAAAUGCGCUAAUUGCGACGCCAGAUCAAAUGUUUUAAGUUAGUGACCACAUAUAUGGUCUCUUCGAAAUACUGUUGUGUAAAUCUGAAUCUGAAUCUGAAUCUAAAUUUGAUCUUCUUAUUUAUAAUAGGUAAAUUUGAAUUUAAUAUUAAUGAUUACCGAAUAAAUUUGGCAAUAGUAAAAAAGUUCUUACAAAAGAUACUUUCAAAGAAAAUCAGCAAUUAUGUACAUUAAAAAUCGUUCGGUAAAAGUUGUCACUAAAGGACUGCAACGCAUGAUAAGAUAUAGGCAAAGUAUAUAAGCGUUUGACAUUUUUGGUGCGUUGUCAUCACUGCAUUCUUAUAAAUAUUAAAUAUUGUACAUAUAUUUUUUAGUUUUUAGAUUUAUUUAUUAUAUAAAUUGUUUGAAUUUUAUUUUUAAAUUUUGUGAUGUUGCUUUCUAAUUGUUCUAAAGUCAACAACAACACUGAACUCAAUGAAAUUGACGGAAAACAGUUAUCAGGAAUUUUUGCUUAUAAAAUUGGAAGCGUCCAUUUAAUAUGUCACCAUAAAAUUGAAACAAAUAUAAAUUAAGAAGAAAAAUGCUUCGGAAACCAUUGUUUUAAAUAGACUACAUGUAAACAUAUUUGU